AUGCAGAACCCCCCUGAGCUCUGGUUUGCCUUUUCGCUAAAAAACAACAUCGACAUUGCUGUGCCUGUUGACUGUGGCCAGGCUCUCUGCAGUUCACCUUCUUUCUUGUUUGGCGACGCUAUCAAAAGGCACUCGCCGCUUGACCGCGAGAUGAAGGGAGAUGCCCUCACAUGCCCUGGCAACGACGCACACAGACAUGGCUCAGGCUCAGGCUCAGGCUCAGUGCUCACAGCAUCUGCUCUCGCAUCUCAGUUUCUCUACAUUCCCCAGCAUCAUGGUGCGCCAGAUCGAAAACUCGACAUCACCAUUUCACCCCUCCUCAUAGCUCGCGGCCUCCCAUCCCCCUUGAGUUUCGUCUCCGACAGCAAAUCCUUUUAUACCGCGUUCGAGGUGACCGAUAUCAACGCUGAAUCACUCACCCCCACAGACUCGCAACCGCCCAGCCCCCUAUCAUCCGCGACCACGAUCGACGGUGAAGAGGAUAUGGAGGAACAGGUAGAGCCAGCCGGGGCCAGCUCUCCUAUGCUGGAUACGGAACUACCUUCAACUACUCCACAAACACCUUCGGAGACAGAGCCAAAGAAGAGCAAGAAGACUCGGCGGAAAGGAGCAGCCUCUUCAAAAGGAUCCCAAACACCAACCACGUCCAGAUCGUCAUCCGUCUCAGGUUCAAAGUCUACUUUACGUCGCAACCAAACAGGGCCCUAUCGUCAGCUCCAUUUGUCGCGGACUACUACUUCCGAGCGCCAGUUUCCACCACACCGAGAGGAGCGCGAUUUAGUUGCGCUUCAUCGUGAUAGCCGUCGCUUAUUUGAAUCUUUUGACAACAAUACGCCAACCUCAAAAGUGGAAAAGUCAAGGGACCAUCCAAACGACAUUGGUUCUGGGCAGAUGGAGCCUCCACAAGAGACUUGUUCAACAACGAACAAACGUCUUGCACGGAGUAAUUCGGCGGGAUCGCCAUCGCUGGUUCCACUGUUACACCCUACCCGGUCUCCAUCAACACCGGUAAGAUCCGAAGAUCUUUCGCGGGACACUGAGGAACGAAGCCACUGGGGACCUCUUUCUAGAACCCAAACGGCGGACGAGAUACGGCCUGUCGAUUCUGUCCCGGCAUACAAAGUAAUCCCACCCACCGUGAUCGAUUGGACUUCCCCAACCACUCGCCGGCGCGAAUAUGAGAAAAUUGACCGCUCCACCCGUGGGAUCCGUGGAAUGUGGAGGCGAUUUGCGCCCAAAUGGUGUCAAAGCAAGGACCAACGCAUCCCAUUCUUUGACGAGACCAAAGAAGGGAAACAAAAGUACGAGGGUAGUGUGAGGCGGUUCCGUAUGGAUAUCCCCGAUGACGAUGACGAGCAACCAGGAGCCGAACAGACCUCAAAAGCUAAAGGCCGGUUAACGACUACUAGAAUGUUGACGGCUGAUGAUGAUUCCGACCAGUACAAAGGCGUGAGGAGUCGACUCUGUUUCGGCCGACGGCCCUAA